CUGAGAAAUCGAAACAGUCAGAUGCCGGCGUUGCGAGACAAAUCCCUCACAGGGAGUGCCAUGAACUCGGAGGGAAAGUUGGUGACAUUAAUGUUUCCGCCACGAUUGUGGCGCAAACGGAGGGAGAUGAUGUCGGAAUCGGAAGAGAAAAACAGGCUGAAGAGAGGACGAGAGAGCCUAAUUACACCAUAGGGAAAUUCGAAGUUAGUGGUGGGCAUGGACAAGAUAUCAGAGGUGCUUCAAUGGAGUCUCAGGGCCGUAAACACGAGACAAGUGCUGGAAAUAGACGAGAGAGGUGCUUCGAUGGAGUCCAAGGCCAAACACGAGCAGAGUGCAGGUGCUUCAAUGGAGUCUAUGGGCAAAUGCGAGAGCGGUAAAGAAAGAAGGCAUAGCACGGAAACGGCUGGCGAACGAAGGAAUAUCGGUAAAGAAGAGGGUGACGAGAAACGAGAGCAGCUAUCUCUAGAAGAGAUAUCGAAGCUAAGAGGAACAGCUCAACAGAAUUCGACGGAGACUUUACAGGCUGCCGAAAAACGUUAUAACAAGGCCAAGGAAUCAGGCGCCCAAGCGCUUAACACCGCAGCCGAGUACACCAAAGAUAAGGGUCAACAAGCAAGGGAAACCGCUCGUCAAAGCGCUCAGUAUGCGACGGAGAUGGGUGGACAAGCGAAGGAUACGAUCGUCGAAGGUGCAGAAAAGACUUCACAAUACAUUGCGGAGAAAGGAACCGAGACCGAAGACACCGCGGCCGAAACCCUAUCGAGUGCAGGUAAGACUACGGAAGACUACACGGUACUGAAAAUGGAAUGGGCGAAAGAUUACGCAUUGCAAACGGCGGUGAAAGCGAAAGACACAGCAGUUGAUGUUACUAAAACAGUGGCGAGUUAUACCGGAGAAAAGGCGGUUGUUGCCAAGGAUGUGACGGUAGAGAAAAGCAAGGAGGCGGCUGGCUUGGCGGGGAAAGUGGCUGUGGUUGUAAAGGACAGAGCUGUAGUAGCCGGAUGGAGUGCGGCACAUUAUACCACCGAGAAAGCUGUGGAAGGAACAAAGGUGGCGGCGAGGAUGGUGGAGGGGGCGGCGGAGUGCUGGCCAAAAAUCGAAGGAACUUGCGGCCACAUCAUUAAGGGCAGCCAAGGAUGCUGCUUCAGCUGCUGGUGAGACUAUAUUGAGUAUACCGCCAGGAAAAAGGAGGAGGCAGCCAGAGAUUUUGAAGCUAAGAGAUCCACAGAAGAAACACCGGUAA